GUGUGUGUGUGCGUGUGUGUGUGUUUCUGCCUCCAGCUAUGUGCAGUAAGUGUGGGAUUCAGAACAGCCGUUCGUCAUCUCCAGUGUGGGUUUGUAGGAUCUGCAGUGAACAUCAAGAGAUGUUGAAGCGUUCUGGAGCAUGGUUCUUUAAGGGACAACCCCAGCAAGUCCUCCCUGCUCCCCUGCCCAUCUCCAGGCCCAGAGGGACAGGUACAGAGAGCCCCCGUACCCAGACCCCUACCCAUGCCCAUCACCAGCCCAGUGCCCAGCCCAGCUACCAGUCAGACCCUGGUGCAGAGGACUACACAGAGCGGCAGGAGCAGCAGGAUAACUCCUACUCCAACAUACAAAACCAAAGUGAGCAGUGGAAACAAGCAUUUCCAUUUCACUACUAGU